AUGGCACACUCCAACGCGACCAGAGUGCUGGUCUUCGGUGACCAGACCUAUGACUUUGUGCCCAAGUUGCGAGAACUGUUCCAGGUCAAGGAUAACCCGAUCCUGACUGCCUUCCUGGAACAGUCCCACUAUGUGGUCCGAGCACAGAUGAUCCAGAGUCUGCCUCCUGCCGAGCACAAGGCAGCUAGGACUUUCGAUCUGGCAGACAUGCUGAAGAAGUAUGUCGCCGGCAAGCUGAGUCCAGCCUUCCAGACGGCUCUCAGCUGUAUCACACAACUCGGUGUCUUCAUGCGAGAGUUCCAUGACUUCACCAAGCCUUAUCCACGACACGAUAGCAGCUACGUGCUGGGUAUCUGCACCGGCUCGCUGGCCGCUGCCGCAGUCAGCUCUAGCAGCUCCCUCUCGGAGCUCCUACCCAUUGCUGUCCAGACAGCUUUGAUCGCCUUCCGCCUCGGUCUCUGUGUCACGGACAUGCGAGAUCGUCUCGAAAGUGCUACAGAAGACCGCACUCAGCCAUGGUCAGUGGUAUUGUUCGACACAAACGAGCAGACUGCCGUACAGGCCAUCAAAGACUUCUGCGCCUCCAACGUUCUCCCAAAGACGAAGCAACCCUGGAUCACAUCGGCCUCCUCGAAGACUACCACCGUCAGCGGAGCACCGCGCAUACUGAAGAAGCUGGUACAAGAGCCUGCACUCAAGGACAAGAAGACACGAAACAUCCCCAUCUACGUGCCAGCGCACAACCCCGCUCUCUUCACACCGGAGGAUGUCAAGUCCAUUCUCGAGACAACACCUGUCGACACCUGGAGCAACUACCCAGCCAAGCUGCCAUUCAUCUCGAGCGUAUCCGGCAAGCUCGCAUGGGCGGAUAACUACCUCGCAGUCAUCCAGCUCGCCCUCAACCAAUGCUUACUUGAGAGCAUCGGCUGGGGCCAUGUCGAGACGGAGCUCCCAAGACUUCUCAAGUUCCGCGGCGCACAGAACGUGCUCAUCACUCCAAUCACCACCUCCACCGACCGUGCCCUGUCCGCCGCCCUCGGUUCCACAAUCGCCAACAUUGAGGUCGAGAAGGCGUCCACCGGCGAAGCUUACGCCCACAGACCCGGCUCGGGCAAGAGCAAGCUCGCCAUCGUCUCGAUGUCUGGACGCUUCCCCGAAGCGCAGAGCACAGAUUCCUUCUGGGACUUGCUCUACAAGGGUCUCGACGUCGUGAAAGAAGUCCCCAAGCGCCGCUGGGACGUCACCACCCACGUCGACCCAACAGGCCGUGCCCGUAACAAGGGCGCCACCAAAUGGGGCUGCUGGCUCGACUUUGCUGGAGAAUUCGAUCCCCGCUUCUUCAGCAUUUCCCCCAAAGAGGCACCGCAGAUGGAUCCUGCGCAACGUAUGGCGCUGAUGUCGACGUAUGAGGCGAUGGAGCGGGGUGGGAUCGUGCCGGAUACGACGCCGUCCACGCAGAGGAAUCGGAUUGGGGUGUUCCAUGGUGUGACGUCUAAUGAUUGGAUGGAGACCAACACGGCGCAGAAUAUUGAUACGUACUUCAUUACCGGCGGGAAUCGUGGUUUUAUCCCUGGCCGGAUUAACUUCUGCUUUGAGUUUUCGGGACCUAGCUACACGAACGAUACGGCUUGCUCGAGUUCGCUCGCUGCUAUCCAUUUGGCUUGCAACUCCCUCUGGCAUGGCGACUGCGAUACUGCUGUUGCCGGUGGGACGAAUAUGAUCUUCACACCUGAUGGUCAUGCUGGGCUUGAUAAGGGGUUCUUCCUGUCCCGUACCGGCAACUGUAAGCCUUUCGACGACAAGGCUGAUGGCUACUGCCGUGCUGAGGGUGUCGGUACCGUCAUGAUCAAGAGACUCGAAGACGCUCUCGCAGAUGGCGACCCGAUUAUUGGAACUAUCCUCGAUGCGAAGACGAACCACUCCGCUAUGAGCGAUUCCAUGACUCGUCCUUUCGUCCCGGCUCAGAUUGAUAACAUGGAAGCUUGUCUGAGCACCGCUGGCGUUGAUGCUACUUCCCUCGACUACAUCGAGAUGCACGGGACUGGUACGCAAGUCGGUGACGCAGUCGAGAUGGAGUCUGUCCUCUCCGUUUUCGCGCCAAAUGAGCAGUUGCGCACCAAGGAGCAGCCUCUAUACGUCGGCUCCGCGAAGGCCAAUAUUGGCCACGGCGAAGGUGUCUCUGGUGUGACGAGUCUGAUCAAGGUUCUGCUCAUGUUCCAAAACAACACCAUCCCACCUCAUUGCGGUAUCAAACCUGGUAGUAGGAUCAACCACAACUACCCAGACCUCGCCGCGCGGAAUGUCCACAUCGCCUUCGAGCCUAAGCCGUUCCUGCGACGCGAGGGCAGGGCGAGGAGGGUGUUGAUCAACAACUUCAGCGCCGCAGGCGGUAACACUGCUCUCCUCAUCGAAGAUUCGCCAGACAGGAUGCCAGUGCAGACCCAAGACCCGCGCACAGCCCACACCGUCACAGUCUCCGGCCACGUCGGCAAGAGUUUGAGCAAUAACCUCUCCCUCCUUCUCACCCAUCUGAAGAAGAACCCAACAGCCUCGCUGCCACACCUCUCCUACACCACCACAGCCCGCCGCUGGCACCACCUCCACCGCGUCGCUGUCUCGGGCACUUCCAUCGCGGACAUCACUGCGAAGCUGGAGAAAGCCGUCGAGAACAAGGACGGUGUCAAUAGGCCGAAGGCUAAGCCUUCCGUCUUCUUCGCCUUCACAGGUCAAGGUAGCCAGUAUCUCGGCAUGGGAAGGCAACUCUACGACUCGUACCCUAAAUUCCGCGCUGAGCUCCAACGCUACGACCGUCUAGCGCAAUCGCACGGAUUCCCGAGCUUCGCGCACAUUUUCACGACCGCUUCGGGAGAUGUUGAGCAGAAUUUACCUAUCGUGGUUCAGCUUGCGAUUACGGCGCUUCAAAUGGCGCUCUUCAAUCUCCUCACGUCCUUUGGUCUCAAGGCCUCGGCUGUGGUUGGACACUCACUAGGUGAAUACGCUGCCCUCUACGCCGCUGGUGUUUUGUCCGCUAGCGAUACGAUUUAUCUGGUCGGUAAGCGAGCGGAGCUGCUUCAAGAGCGAUGCCAGAGGGGCACGCACUCCAUGCUCGCCUGCAAGGCUAGCGAGUGGUCUCUCGCGGAAGUUACGGCCGGGACGGACGUUGAGGUCGCGUGUGUUAACGGACCCGAAGAUACCGUGCUGAGCGGGACUGUGGAGGAGGUUGCGGGCGUGCAGCAAGUUCUAAGCCAGAAGGGCGUGAAGGCGACGAUGUUGAAGUUGCCGUUCGCGUUCCAUUCCGCGCAGGUGCAGCCGAUCUUGGAGGAUUUCGAGCACCUGGCUUCUGGCGCGACGUUUGAGAAGCCGAAGCUUGCGGUGCUGAGUCCGCUAUUGGGAAGCGUGGUUGAGAAGGAGGGAGUGGUUGGACCUGCGUACCUUGCGCGCCAUUGUCGGGAAGCGGUGAGGAUGGUUAAGGCCCUCGAGACGGCGAAGGAGAAGGGCACGAUCAGUGAGAAGACUAUCGUCAUUGAAAUUGGACCGAAGCCGUUGCUUUGUGGAAUGAUUAAGAACAUCCUUGGCCAGAGCGUUACGGCGUUGCCCACGCUGAAGGAUAAGGGUCCGGAUGUCUGGACGAACUUGUCGACCAUUUUCACGACGCUUUAUACUGGAGGUCUCGAUGUUAACUGGACUGCGGUCCAUGCUCCGUUCGAGGCUGCGAAGACGGUCAUUCAGCUCCCUGACUAUGGCUGGGAUUUGAAGGACUAUUUCAUCCAGUAUGAAGGUGACUGGGUCCUGCAUCGACACAAGAUACACUGCAAUUGCGCGGAUGAGGGUAAGGAUGUUCAUGAUACCUCGCACUACUGCCCAGGCAAGCAUACCUUCGUCGAGAAUGUUGUCGUUCCAGGCGGAGCUCAAGCCCAGAAGGCUAUUGCGGCAGCACCGAGCGAUAAGCCUGCGAAGAAGAUGUCGAAACUUGAUCCUACGAAGGAAGCGUACCCUGGCAUUCCAAUCACCACGACUGUGCAUAAAGUCAUUGAGGAGAAGACGGAGCCCCUGGGAGCCCACUUCACAGUUGAAACUGAUAUCUCCCGCCCCGAUGUCAACAGCAUAGCUCAAGGCCACACUGUUGACGACAUCCCUCUUUGCACCCCAUCGUUCUACGCGGACAUUGCGCUCCAGGUAGGCAAAUAUGCCAUGGACCGUAUCCGCGCCGGACAUCCUGGUGCUGGCGCUAUUGAUGGUAGGGUCGAUGUGACGGAUCUUGUCGUUGACAAGGCGCUCAUUCCGCACGGGAAGGCGCCUCAACUUCUGCGAACGACCGUGACGAUGAGCUGGCCUCCAAAAAUGGCGGCUACGACACGGUCCGCCAAGGUGACGUUCAAGACGUACACCGCAGACGGCAAGUUAGAUACGGAUCACGCAUACUGCACCGUCCGCUUCACCACCGACGCACAGCAAAAAUCACUCCAGAAGAAAGUCCCAGAGUACAAAGCCGCCAUCGAAUCGCUACGCGCCCGUAUGAAGAAGGGCGAACUAGUCCACUACAACACCAAAUCCGGCUACAAACUCAUGUCCUCCAUGGCCCACUUCCACCCCGACUACAAGCUCCUCAACAAUCUCAUCCUAAACGAAGCCGAAAACGAAGCCGUCAGCGUUAUGAACUUCUCCACCUGCACCGACGCAGGAACCUACGCCGCCCACCCAGCCUACGUCGACGCCAUCACACAGGUCGGCGGUUUCGCGAUGAAUGCCAAGGAUGACACCGAUAUUGAUAAGGAGGUGUAUGUCAACCAUGGAUGGGAGUCUUUCCAGGUUUAUAAGCCGUUGGUCAAGGAGAAGCAGUAUGUGGUGUACUCGAAGAUGGCGAAGGAUCCGAAGGGAGAUCUUGUUCAUGGGGACACGAUUGUGCUGGAUGGUGAUGAGGUAGUUGCGUUCUUCCGGGGUUUGUCGCUGCGGAGUGUCCCACGCAAGGCGUUGAGGGCUGUGUUGCAGAGUGCGAUGGAUAAGGGUAUUCGGCAACGUGGUGGAAAGCCCGGUGCUGCCAAGGGUGCAGCUGCUAUGCCGGUGGCGAAGGCGAAGCCUGCUCCGGUCGUGGCACCGAAGGCUUCGCCAGUCGCUGCUGUACCAUCGACACCGAAGCCGGCACCACCGCCUGCCCCGAAGCCUGCGGCGUUGAAGGUUGUGGUCAAGGCAGAUAAUGGCAAGGUUGACGAGGCGCUGAAGAUCAUCUCCGAGGAGAGUGGCAUUGCCCUGGACGAGUUGACGGAUGAUAGUAACUUCACGGACAUGGGCGUCGACAGCUUAAGCUCCAUGGUCAUUACAUCCCGUCUUCGCGAGGACUUGGAGCUGUAUCUCGCUCCUGACUUUGCUCUCUUCGCCGACUGCCCUAUUGUCGCUAGUUUGAGGGAGUUUCUGGGUGGAUCUGCUGGUGCAUCCAGUGCUGCUGAGGAGUUUGGAGAGCCCACGCCUGUCGCCGAAACAGCUCCUGAACCAGUACCUGCACCUGCACCUGCACCUAUGCAGGCCGCGCCAAAGACCGUUGCUCCUCCAAAGCCUGUCAUCACCACUCCGGCGGCUCCAGUCAGCAGCAAGGUCUUCGAUGAUGCUCUUCAGAUCGUCUCUGAGGAGAGCGGCAUUGCUCUCGAUGAGCUUACUGAUGAUAGCAACUUCACUGAUAUGGGGGUGGACAGCCUGAGCUCUAUGGUCAUCACUAGUCGGUUGAGAGAAGAUCUUGAGCUUGAGCUUGAGCCUGAGUGGGCACUGUUUGCGGAUUGUCCUACUGUUGCCAGUCUGAGGGACUUUCUUCGAGGUUCAGCUGCUGCUGUUCCUGCUAACCAGGAUACGCCAGUCGACACGACGGCCACUGAGAUCGAGGCUCCUGUUCCGACUGAGGCCCCAGCCUACAUCCCCGACGCUUCUCAGGGUGAAGUCGACGAAGCUGUUAGGGAAGUUCUUGGAGACGAUCCUCCUUACCGCCCAGCAACUCAACAACCGUCCACCGCUUCACUAGCAGCGAACACAGAAGCCCUUGAUGCCGCCCUUCGCAUCAUCGCCGAGGAGUCUGGAGUCGCAGCUGAAGACUUCGCCGACGACACCAUCUUCUCAGAUAGCGGCAUCGAUUCGCUAUGUUCCAUGGUCAUCUCCUCGCGCUUCCGCGAAGAACUUGAGCUUGACCUCGACUCGCAAUUCUCCCUCUUCGUCGACCUCCCAACCGUUGCUCAACUCCGCGAAUACGUCACAGGACCAUCCAGCAGUGCUGACUCUGACAACUCAUCUGUAACUUCAGCACCCGCUGACAUCGCUACGCCACCACACUCAGACAGCGGCCACUCUUCCGACACCGAACCAGACGACGAACCCACCCCAACCCUCAAAAGCGAUCUAACCCUGACCGACACCUGCCGCGCCACCAACUCGGUCAUCCUCCAAGGCAUGCCGCGCAUCGCCUCCAAGAUCCUCUUCCUCCUCCCCGACGGCGGCGGCAGCGCAUCCUCCUACUCCAUCAUCCCCAAGCUCCGCUCCGACGUAGCAGUCGUCGGCAUCAACUGCCCCUACGCCCGGGACCCCGAGAACAUGACCUGUACGCACCAAGCCAUGAUGCGAAGCUUCGUCAACGAGAUCAAGCGUCGCCAACCAAAGGGACCCUACCACCUCGGCGGCUGGAGCAGCGGAGGCGCGUUUGCGUACGUCACUGCUGAGACACUGAUCAACCAAGGCGAGGAAGUCGCAUCCCUCUUCAUCUUCGACGCCCCGGUGCCGCAAGUAAUGGAGAAACUCCCACGAGAAUUCUACGAAGCCGUGAACUUCACCGAAUCCACCGUCGUCGGCACCGUGGAACCGCCUCCAUACCUCAUCCCUCACUUCAUGGCCGUUGUAGACGUCAUGCUCGACUACAAAUGCCACCCGCUCAAGACCAAGAAGAUGCCGAAGGUGGGGCUGAUUUGGGCUGAUAGUACUGUGAUGAAGGAGGAGGAGGCGCCGAAGAUGAAGGGGAUGCAUUUCAUGAUUCAGAAACGGACUGAUUUUGGGCCUGAUGGAUGGGAUAAAGUGUGCCCGGGGGCGAAGUUUGAUCUUGUCAAGGCGGAGGAUACGAAUCAUUUUACGCUUAUGACGAAGGCGAGGGUUUAUUUGGUUAGUGAGUUGAUUGAGAGGGUUAUGGGGUAG